AAAGAUGCUAUUAUGCACAAAUAUAUUUAUUUCGGUUGCAUUCAACUCUCCACGCCGGUGUGUUUUCGAAGAUGAUUACCAACUAUUUUAUGCGUUAAUUUUGAUGAACAUCCACGGUGAAGUGUUGUAAAAUUAACCUCGGCUUAAGGAAAUGUGAUGUUGGAAAUAGUUCUCAAAAAAUCAAAAGAGACCAUAAAGUGAAGAAAUAUUUCGAAAUGCUACUGAGUUAUCUAUUAAUGCUCAGUCUGUUUUCCACACCAACUUGGGCUGCGUACAAGAGGAAGCCUUUACUUGUUAUGGACAAUGAUGGGAAAGUCAUUAGAAAUGUCUCACGGACGAUAAAGUACCCGUUCAUUGCCCUACUUCCGAUCUAUGUACGGAACACCUACUCGGAUUAUGGACUUAUGAUGACCAAAGCGCUGCAAUACGCUGUGCGCAAGGUGGAGAAAGAAAUGUACAUGCUUGGUUUUGGGCUAGAAUUAAAAAAUAUUAUUUAUGGUUUCAACGAAAUCAAACAAUCCAAGUUGGGAGAGAUAUUUUUUGAGGAGUAUCUAAAAAAUACUGCUCAUGUUGUGGUGGGUCCGGCAUCUUCUCAGAAUGCUUAUGACGGAAUUCAGCUUUUCUACAGCUACACCCUGAUAAACAUGAUAAGUUUUGGGGCGACGUCGGCGCAGCUGGACAAUGUUGCGCCCACUUCUGGAUUUGUUCGCACUGUACCUUCCGAUUCCUAUCGAGUUCAAGUUUUAGUCGAUGUCAUCGUUCGAUUAAAGUGGAAUUAUUUCUUCAUCUUCAGUUCGUUUUAUCAUAAUGGCGCCAUAGAUUCGAAAAUGUUUGAACGACGUUUGUCAGAGUUGAAUAUAUGUGUGGCUGAGAAAUUGCAAUUGACAUUAGAAGACGCGGACAUCGAUAAAGAAUUCAUUAAAAAACGAUUACACGAAGACGCCCAAAUUCAAGCUGUUGUUUUCUUCACCACACCAAGUGAUACUAGAAGACUGCUGGAAUUACUGAAAUCGAUAAAACUAGAGAGACACUUAUAUUUUGUGUUUUUCUAUGGUACAAGCUUGGACAAGAUCACCACUGCCGGUUACGAGGAUAUGUUAACUGGCUCUCUAUCUAUUGAUAUUGCUCACGAGGAAAAUAUAGAUUUUAAGAAUUAUUUUCUUAAUGUUAAACCUAAUAAAGCAGCAAAUGGUGGCGAAGAAGAAAUAAAGCUUUGGGGACAUAUUUUUAAAUGCAAUGUUGACGCUUCAAACCUUUCUGGAAAAAAUUGUAGCAUGAAAGAGCAGCUGGAAGUAGGAACAGGUUAUUACCCGGACUAUCCGAUAAAUACGAUUAUUGACGCUGUGUAUGGGGUAGCAUAUAUUUAUAGAAAACGGGUAGAGUCUUUUUGCCUCGAAUAUGAUCAGCUACCAAAUGGUAAGAAAUAUUGUAUUCGAACAAAUAAAUACAUACCCCCCAGACAUCCGUUUGAACCCUUCCUAAGCGCUACGUAUUCGGAUGGCAUGCUGAAGCCGCUUGUGCCAUGGCGAAAAGCACACCAACCAAUACAUUAUAAAAUAUCCAACUAUGUGCCGUAUAAGGGGAGUUUUAAAAAGGUCAUCGUUGGUGAUUGGUAUAUAAACAGAAGCGAAGAUACUACCAUCUUGCCAAAAGAGCAUUUAAGGAAGGGGAAGAUCCAUUUCGUCAUCAAUGAAAAACGCAUAUGGUGGAGGUCUGGUUUAGUCGGGAAAACUCCAAAGGCUCGUUGUGCUUUGGAUUGUAAGCCAGGAUUUGUUGCAGUUCGGGACCCUUCAAUGCCUGUCAAGUGCUGUUGGGUGUGUGAAGCUUGCCCGCCAAACCAUAUGACUGUUAAUAACACGUGCGUCGCUUGUCAGAAGCAACAAAAGGUUGAUUUGACGACGAAUAAAUGUAACAACAUGCCACAAAAGCAUUUCGAAAAAUCCGCUUCUAUUGCGCUUGCGGUACUCACUUGUUUGGGACUUUGUUCAGUUCUCUCUACCAUGAUCGUCACAUAUCGUCAUAGAAAACAUCCAAUGUUUGCUGCGUCAGGAUAUAUGUUUUGGAACUUUAUUUUACAAGGGAUAAUCCUGCUCUUUCUAGUGCCUUUCGCUCACCUGUUUUCACCAAACAGAUUGCUUUGUGUGUUACGAGUACUGUUACUUGGCUUCGGUUGUAUCUUGAUAUACGCACCACUUGUACUAAAAGUCUACAAAAUUUCCAGAACUUUUUUCGGCGCUAAAACACCCCUAAACCUAACUUCGUUGGGGAAUUCAAACUUCCAACUUGGAGUCUUGGCCUGUUUAGUGGUUCUGCAUUCAUUGGUCCUUUUGUCAUCUCUAAGUUCUAAAACUCCGGAAACCGAAACUAGGAUUACUGAUUCGUCAUACUACAGUGUGCAUUGCACUACUGAUUCUACCGUGACCGUGUUUGCAGCCGUCGGGUUCAGUGUUAUUACUAUGGUUGUAUGCGCCAUUUUAGCUUUCAAAGUUCGACAUUUUCCACAUAACAGCAACGAAACGAAAUCUAUAGGCUUAACAAUGUAUUUCAGUGCAGGUAUUUGGGUCCUGUUUUUAGCCGGGUAUCACGACAUGUCGGGAAAGCUAUUUAUGGCCGAAUAUUCCACAAGCUGUGUGAGCCUCAUUAUUGGAUUCGUCACAUUAAUUGGGUUAUAUGCAAAAAAGAUUUAUCUUGUUCUUAGAAGUUUUCCGGAAGACAGAACUUCCCCCGAUGGACGCGAGGCUCGCACAAGAGGCUGGUCGAAUACUUCUAAAUCAACUUCCAAUAAAGGUUUAUCGGAAAUAGAUCGUCCGUCAGACCUGCAAAGUUUUCUCGAUCAUUACUGUCCGCCACGCGAAAGAGUUUUAUCGUUUGAGGAAGCGGAGACUGUGUUUGCUGGUGAUCGUUUAGAAAGUGACACGGAAUUUUAAAUGCCAGCGUUUGUUGUUAUGUAUAUAUUAAAGCUGCUUUUUUGUUUGUUUCAUGACCAUUCACACUUUAUAUUCUUAACGCCUUUAGUGAUGCCAUGAACCCCCCUUAACCCCCUUAACAUUUUUUAUCAUUGUUUAACAUUCUGGUCCAUUUUGUUUUUAUCGUAAAAAUCUAUUUCGUAUUUUUUUAUCACAGAAUUUUACUGUUCUGGCAAGCGGAAACGGUGUUCUCGUUUAAGCGCCGCGUGUUUAUUGAGGUGUACAAAUUAAUUGUGACUAAUUUGUGAAAAUCUUCUUUUUGUUAGUUUUUGUUUUACUAUUAUUUUUUAUGUUUUUGAAUUUGACGAAGCAGGAAUUACAUCGCCAUGACUCGCGAAGUUGUUAAACACGAAACCUUUGUUACUUUCUGUAUAUCUAUUUUUAUUGUUUAUUGUAAAAAGUUUUUUACUAUCGAGUAUUAGUGCUCGAUAGUUACACGCAGUGACGUUUGAAAGUCGUAUCUUUGUUCUUUGAAGAUACUUUUUGUUAUUUGA